UUUUCAGCUCCCGGAAGUAACAGCUAGAGGCGGAUUUAACUUCUAACAAUAACUUAAGUGAUGUUUGUUUUGACAUUAUUACAAUGAAGACACGCAGUCAGAGAGAACCGGGUAGCUGAGCCUCACAUCCGCAAUGUCAGCUCCUCUGUUUCCGCCGUUAAACUCCACCUGACGGACUUCCUCGUUUACUCUCUUCCACUAACAAACCAUGUCGGUGUGUUCGCUGCUCGUAGCCGUGCUGCUCGUCCGUUUCCCGGCGGGUUUAUUGGCUCGGCAGCCUCACGUAGUCUUCAUCCUGGCAGACGACUUCGGUUGGUUUGACAUCGGCUACCACCGCUCCGAGAUCCGGACUCCUCACCUGGACCAGCUGUCCGCCGGAGGAGUCCGCCUGGAGAACUACUAUGUGCAGCCUCUGUGCACCCCGUCCAGGAACCAGCUGAUGACCGGCAGGUACCAGGUGAGACCCGCAUCCAGACAUCCCACUCUGGUGCAUUUCUUUAUCUUUCAGCCUCUCUUCCUCUACGCGGCGUUGCAAGCAGUCCACGCACCGCUGCAGGUGCCCGAGCGCUACGUGGCCCCCUACAGUUUCAUCAAAGACCCCGAGCGCAGGCUGUACGCAGGCAUGGUGUCGGCCAUGGACGAGGCAGUGGGCAACAUCACUCUGGCUUUGCAGCAGGAAGGACUCUGGGACAACACGAUCCUGGUGUUCUCCACUGAUAACGGAGGUCAAACACUGUGCGGUGGCAGCAACUGGCCACUGCGAGGGAGGAAGUGGUCACUGUGGGAGGGAGGGAUCCGGGGAGUCGGAUUCGUCGCUAGCCCGCUUCUGAAGCAACAGGGAACCGUCAGCCACGAGCUCAUCCACAUCUCUGAUUGGCUGCCAACACUCGUCGGCCUGGCGGGAGGGAGCACCAACGGCACAAAGCCACUGGACGGAUUCAACGUGUGGAACACAAUCAGCAAAGGAUUUGCCUCACCCAGACUGGAGCUGCUGCACAACAUUGACCCUCAGUAUAUCGACAUCGCUCCGUGUCCUGGCAUGAAGCGUCGGUUAACUUUGGCUCAGGUGGGCAGCGGAGACUCCCGGGCCAACUCUGGCUUCAAUGUGUCCAUUCACGCCGCCAUUCGAUCCUCAAACUGGAAGCUGCUGACGGGCUACCCAGGUUGUGACGUUUGGUUCCCCCGACCCGGCGACAACAGCUCCAGCCCCUCGGAUGUGCCUUCGCUGAAGCAAGUGAUGCUGUUUGACAUAGAAAAAGAUCCAGAGGAGAGGAAUGAAGUAUCCGCUCAGUACCCUACAGUGGUGGAUUAUCUCCUCAAAAGGCUCUACAGCUACCAGAAGAGUGCCGUGCCAAUAAAUUUCCCCGCUGAUGACCCCAGAUGUGACCCAGGCCCCACUGGCGCCUGGGGACCCUGGGCUUAGAUGACAAUGACGAUGCUUUGUUUACUGUGAAAUGUGAAGUCUUAGAAAUAUUUUCUUACUCUAACUAAAAGAUAAUCAUCAUGCCAAAUCAUCCGUACAACCAGGAGAGGAGUUCAGUCAUUAACUUGACUGCCAGAUGCCGCCGUAAUUAUUGAUCUGUGUCCAACGUCUGAGACACUUUCAGAGCUUUAUUUAAAGUGAUUAUGUAAAGAUACACAUGUUACUGAUUUGUAAAGAGCAUCUUCCCUGCUGUUUCAGGUAUUUGUAUUUUAUUUAUCUACUGUUGAGAAACUGCAAGUUACUUGUAGCUGUCAAAACACUUGAGCUUUUUAUAGAUUAUACAAGAAGAAAAGGAAAGCAUUUGAUGGUGUUAAGAGAUAUAAGAGGCACGUAAUGUUGAUUUUUACCAAGAUUUGGAGCUUUAAAGCAGCACUAAUCAACAUUUUUUAUGUUGACAAUGGAUAAAAUGACUACAAACCCACCUUUUUUCCAGCAUCUUUCAGCUAAAGAUUUCACUGCUCUCGUCUGCGUCGUUUCCACCAGCAGCAGGAACUUGUUUUUUCUCAGGGGUUAGUUGAGACCUGUAGUUACCUGAUUUUAAUCGCCAUUCAGCACCAUGUUGUAUCUUUUAAAGAUAUUUUCUGCUUUAUAUUUUGUCAAACAUGUUUUAAUGAGGAAGGAUUACAAGAUGUAGGACAUGAGAAUGAAGUAAGUAGUGCUAAUGAAUUCUAAUGUUGCUCGGUAUCUGCUGUUUGCUAACAGCCAUAUCCUUAUCAGGUGAUAAUGUGUCAGUGUUGUGUUUACAGCUUGUUGCAUUGCCCCUAAAUCACCAAAGAAUUCAUUAUUGCAGGUUUUAAAGUAUGUUUUAUAAAAUGAACUGCACUCUUUUGUGUUUGUUUGUUUGUUUGUUUUAAAUUAAUUUUAAACACCACUAUUUGUAAGUGCCUUCUGGAGUCUGUUGCCAGGUUUAUUUGUUCUGGAAACAAAUAAAUAAUAAAUGAGAAUUUAGCUAAUUACAA